AAAUAAAUGUGCUUUGUUUAUCAUUUUGUAAGUUUGUGAAUUUGGUGUGAAAGUGUAAGAUGGUAAAAUUUUAAAACAUUAUUGAUAAUUUAAUCAUUAGGAGCUAUUUUAUUUAUAGUUCUUACAUUCAGCUUUUCAUCUGUAUUGUUUUCUGGUACGUAAAUCAUAAAUUACGGUCAGCAUAAAAUUUCAUAAUCAUGCCGCCGAAAAGAAAUGUGGCAUGUAUCAAACCCCCAGACCCACCAUUCAUCAAAAGAAUGAAAGAUUCGAUUGGAUACCAAGAACCACCUACUGUUGAGACAAAAAAACAAAUAGCUGAUUACGAGAAUGAUGAUACAGAACGAGAUGAUGAAAAGCCCGUAGUGGUUGUUUUGAAACCAGGUGACCUAACUGAAGAGGAAGUAAAAUCUAUAACAGAAAAAGUUGAUGAAAAUAAAAGGAUAAUGUUUUCAAAGCCUGUUAAAAAAGAAGAAAAAAAUUCUUUGGACUUUUCUUCAAAGAAAAGGGAAGAUUUAAAUAAGAGAAUUAAUACUCAGAGAGAGAAAAACCAAAAGGUGAAGAAUAGCAGUCUUUUAUCAUUUGAUGAAGAAGAAGAUUAUUGAUUCAUACUGUACAUUACUACAUUUUGUAAAUACUUUUGUUAUUUACAUAUUUGUGUUUAUUUCUUUUUUAAAAAAAUAAUUCAUUAAAUUACAUUAAUAGACUUUCUCUAAAAUUAUAGUUUAUUUUAUUUGUUGCCAGCAAGCAUAUACUUGCAUUUUUCUUUUUCUGUUUUUUCUUUAUUUUUUGAUGUACUGUUGAAAAAAUUAAAAUUUAUAUUUCUUCAAAACAUAGGUUAAAUAAAGACACUACAGGGAAAAUACUGUAACUUACAUACACAUGCCACAGACAUACAAGGCUUCACUGUUUUAUAGCCUUUGUUUCAAUGUGUUUUAGAAAAUUAAAGGAUGAACUAAAUCUUUCACUUGAAAUUUUGUUAAGUUAAAGAGUAUUUUUAAAAAUAGCAAAAAUGUGUUGUAUUUAACUUCCAAAAAAACUCUAUUAUAUUUACUCACAUAGUUCUCCUUUCGUGUAUUCCCCCAAUUUUUUUAUAUUUUUGCCUCAUAUUUCAAUAAUUGCCACAUACAUAUAAGAUUGCACUGUUGUGUAAUCUUUAUUUUAACAUAUUUUUAAAAAAUUAAAGGGUGAAAUAAUAUUUUGCUUGAAAUUUUAUUAUUAAUUUUAAGGAGUAUUUCAAAAAUAAUGUAUUUAUCUUUUAUUUUUGUAUUUACUGUAUUUGCUCACAUAGAUUUCCUCUCAUGUAUCCCCAUGUGUGUGUGUGAUUUAGAAAUUUUUGAUUUGUUGGUAAUUUCCAGCUUUCUCCUAAAUUCAGAAAAUUCCUCGGACCGAUUUUCCUUUUUGCCUACAUUUUUAAGUCAUUCAUUCACCCUUGGAAAUUCAUGCCGUUUUCCAAGCUUAAUUAGCAAAUAAAAGGAAGUAAUAAAUGCUUUUGUUUUCAUAGGGUUGAA